AUGACUCCUAUCACGACGGAAGUCUCCACUAAGUUCGGUGGAUCACAUUUCAGUUAUUGGUCACUUGAACGUCUACCCAUCCGAGACUAUGUGGAGGCACCACGCAAGAAAUUGACGUGUCGGACAACCAUUUACCCGCUACCACACCAGAAACACCAAAUCGACAUCGCAGACCAGCACCAGGAAUGA